ACUGCGUAGCCCACUGGUGGUUGAAAUAGACGGGGCAGAAAGGUUGCCUUUCUGGGUCGCAGGCGCUAUCUGGAGCUUUGCUGUACUUUUAUGCGAAACGACAGCGGAUUUAAAAGACCUGCCGAGUGCAUUGCUUGGGUAGAUAAUCAGAGCAUCAGAUGAGGAAGAGAGAAACUGCUGUGGUUCAUGUAAGCCUAUUAGCAAUCACUCAAAUGAAGUGGUGUUUGCUGUAGAAGAGGUUUUCUGGGUUUCCUCUCCAGAAGUUCCUGUUCUUAGAUGGUAACAGAGAGCUUAAGAUAAGAGAGAGAAAAUGGCAGUAUGGAUCCAGGCCCAGCAGCUGCAGGGAGAUGCUCUACACCAGAUGCAAUCUCUCUACGGGCAACACUUCCCCAUAGAGGUGCGACACUACCUGUCCCAGUGGAUAGAGGGCCAACUCUGGGAUGCGAUAGAUUUAGAGAACCCUCAGGAGGAGAUUAAAGCCAAGCGUUUAUUGGACAGUCUGAUCCAGGAACUACAGAAGAAAGCAGAGCAUCAAGUGGGAGAGGACGGAUUUCUACUCAAGAUCAAAUUAGGACAUUAUGCUUCGCAGCUAAAGAGCACAUAUGAUCGCUGUCCAUUGGAGUUGGUGAGAUGCAUCAAACACAUUCUGUACACAGAGCAAAGACUUGUCAGAGAAGCAACUAAUUCAAGCUCACCAGUGGGCGGGUUGAUGGACAGCAUGUCGCAGAAGUACCAUCAGAUAAAUCAGGUGUUUGAGGAGCUCAGAAUACUGACUCAAGACACAGAGAAUGACCUCAGAAAACUACAACACAACCAAGAGUACUUCAUUAUACAAUACCAAGAGAGCCUCAGGAUACAGGCUCAGUUAUCAAGUCUGGCCACAUUGCCCCCAGCAGACAGACAGCUCAGAGAGCCCAGUCUGCUCAACAAGAGAGCCACUGUAGAGGCCUGGCUGACCCGAGAGGCCAACACCCUGCAGAAAUACAGACUGGGCCUGGCAGAGAAACACCAGAAGACUCUGGCAUUGCUACGGAAACAGCAGACGGUGAUUCUUGAUGACGAGCUGAUUCAGUGGAAGAGACGUCAACAGCUGGCUGGCAACGGAGGACCGCCCGAGGGGGGACUGGACAUACUACAGUCAUGGUGUGAAAAGCUCGCUGAAACCAUUUGGCAGAAUCGACAGCAGAUCCGGAGGGCGGAGCAUCUGAGACAGCAGCUGCCCAUUCCCGGCCCCAUCGAAGAGCUUCUCACCGAACUCAACAGCACCAUCACUGACGUCAUCUCAGCUUUAGUCACCAGUACUUUCAUCAUCGAAAAGCAGCCCCCUCAGGUGCUGAAAACGCAAACUAAAUUUGCGGCGACAGUGCGUUUGCUGGUGGGCGGGAAACUCAACGUGCACAUGAACCCGCCGCAGGUCAAAGCCACCAUCAUCAGUGAACAGCAGGCCAAAGCCCUGCUCAAGAACGAGAACACCAGAAAUGAAAGCAGUGGAGAGAUCUUGAAUAACAACUGUGUGAUGGAGUACCAUCAGACCACAGGCACCUUGAGUGCACACUUUAGAAACAUGUCUUUGAAGCGAAUCAGACGCUCAGACCGUCGAGGAGCCGAGUCUGUUACAGAGGAGAAAUUUACCAUUUUGUUUGAGUCACAGUUUAGCGUUGGGGGAAAUGAGCUGGUAUUUCAGGUUAAGACUCUCUCUUUGCCAGUGGUGGUAAUUGUCCAUGGAAGUCAAGAUAACAAUGCCACAGCCACCGUUCUGUGGGACAAUGCUUUCGCUGAACCGGGACGAGUGCCCUUCAUAGUUCCAGACAAGGUGUUAUGGCCACAGUUGUGUGAGGCUCUGAAUAUGAAGUACAAGGCAGAGGUGCAGUCGAAUCGAGGUUUGUCUGAGGAGAAUCUGGUCUUUCUUGCUCAGAAAGCCUUCAGCAGCUCCAGCGUCAACCCUGAUGACUACCGCAACAUGACCAUGACCUGGUCGCAAUUUAAUAGGGAGAGUUUACCAGGCAGGAACUUCACUUUUUGGCAGUGGUUUGAUGGUGUCAUGGAGCUUACUAAAAAACACCUAAAGCCUCACUGGAAUGACGGGGCGAUUCUUGGCUUUGUGAAUAAACAGCAAGCUCAGGAUAUGCUGAUGUCCAAACCCAACGGAACCUUCUUGUUGCGCUUCAGUGACUCAGAAAUAGGCGGUAUCACCAUAGCCUGGGUGGCAGAGAACCCUAAUAAAGCAGGGGAACGGAUGGUCUGGAACCUCAUGCCAUACACAACCAAAGACUUCUCUAUCCGCUCUUUGGCAGAUCGCAUCAGUGACCUGAACCAUCUUCUGUUCCUCUAUCCCGACCGGCCCAAAGAUGAGGUCUUCUCCAAGUAUUACACCCCUCCGCUGUCUAAAGCUGUGGAUGGAUACGUCAAACCACAAAUCAAACAAGUAGUGCCAGAGUUUGCGACACCUAACCCUGAUCCAGCAGCAAACCCCACCUACAUGGACCAUGCAGCCUCUCCAGCUGUUAGUCACCCUCAUAACUAUGCACUCUAUCCUCCCAUUGGUGACUCUAUGCUGGACGCUGAUGGUGAUUUUGAUCUGGACGACACCAUGGAUGUAGCGAGGCAUGUGGAGGAACUGCUCCGUCGACCAAUGGAGAGCCAGUGGAGCGGACAGCAGUCAUGACCUCUUGACCUUCACCUGUGACUUCUCUGCCUAAAUGUUUUUAUUUUUAAAUGUAUUACUCUUUCUCCUUCUCGUUUAUUUCCCCCUCUUUAUUUCUCAAUCUGGGUCUUUAUGACUUUUGGUUCUUCUGUUUUCUCUCUCUCUUACUUCUUCUUUUAUUUUGUUUCUGUUCUUUUUCAUUUUCAGUUUACAUCUUUUUCUUUUUCAUCCAUUGUUUCUAUAGAAAAGGAAGGAGCUAAUGGAAGAAAAAAUACCUUGAGCCUUCCUCGAAUUAAAUACCACCAAACAGUAUUGUAGAAAAAAGAGAGAGACGCAUGUAACCUCUUUUCCUUUGUGUGUUGAUUUUUUUUUUUAAUUGACCUUUUCGCAAGACAAGUCUGUGAAACCUUUAAACUGAUAUGUACUACUGUAAGGAACUUUUUUUUCAAACUGUUUUGUAAUUUUAUUUCUGGGGUUCAGAAAUCUAUUGCAUCUAAAGUAAAUGCAUAUUAUCCUUUGCACUCUUAAACAAAUGUAUUCUUGCAGAUGAUGACAUUAUUGUUACCAUGGCGAUUGCAAUGUAAUGCUUCUGUACACUAAAGAGUGUUUAGGUUGCAAGGCUGUUAAUAUUCGGUGCACCUACAGACUGAAUCGGUCUUAUUAUCCCCCGAUUUUAAUUUGAAACGCGUACAUGCAGAUAAACACACACAGACACUGCACAAAUAAUUUUCUCAAUCAGUAUUUUUGUCUUGUUUUCCAGUAAAAAUAUCUGUAGAUCCUUAAAACAAGAUACAUUUAUUUGAGAAGCAAAAUGUGUUGUUUCAUCAUGAAUUACGUUUAUUUUUCUUACCUUUUUUUUUUUUUAACCAUAAACCUCACAAACUUUUGUUAGAUUUAUGCUUAAAGGAGUAUUCUGGGUUUUAGUUCGACAUGACACUCCUUUUAUUAAAUUUAAAAAAAAAAAAUCAUAAUAGAGGUUACAGUGAGGCACUUACAAUGAAAGUGAAUGUAGUCAAUUUUUGGAGGGUUUAAAAGCAGAAAUGUGUAGCUCAUAAUUUAAUAAAAGCAAUUACAUUAAUUCUUCUGUUAAAACGUAUGCAUUAUUUGAGCUGUAAAGUUAAAUUGUCAUUUUUAUGGUCAUUUUAGUGUUUUAGGGGUUACAUUGUCAUUUAUAUUUACAUUUAUGCUUUUGGCAGACGCUUUUAUCCAAAGCAACUUACAAAGCAGCCUGCGAUCUUGCCAUUGCUAGCGCCAUGCUCUACCAGUCAAGCUACAGGAACAACUUCAUCAUGGCAAUGAAGUUGUAAAAUUGGAUAUAAAUUUACACAGAAAUGGUUAGUAAGCGAUUUGUUUCUCACUAAAAUCAUGUUGAAGCAUAUUAUUCACGUCUUUGGGCUAUACUUUUUAAACAGUGAGUAUUUUAACGUUUACAGAUUGGCCCCAUUCACUUCCAAGUCAAGUAUUCCUUUAAAACAAGAAAAAAAAAUCAAACAUUUCUAAAUAUAUAUAUAUAUAUAUAUAUAUAUAUAUAUAUAUAUAUAUAUAUAUACUGUAUUAUGUUGUUUUAAGGGUGUCUAGAUAUUUUAACUGGGAAAAAAGACAAAAUUACUGAUUAAGAAAAUUGCUUUUUGCUGUGCAAGUACACCCACAUCAAAAGCAAGCAUCACUCAAACCAGCAACACAAAACCUGUCACUCACAUCUUUUAAAGUGAGGCGCACAUGUCUGAGAAACACAAACCUGCUCUCAUUUUGUCUCUUGAAUUGGAGAGUGCUGUUAAGGUUUUUGCUGCAAUGGAAACACACAGGGGGUAUUGCUACACUACACAGGCUUUUAUUCUCUCCCUCUUUCUCUCUUACUCUCUCUCUCUCUCUCUCUCUCUCUCUCUCUCUCUCUGUCUCUUAACGCAACAGGUGAUGGCUGCUCUGACCUCAUGCUUUCCUCCCUGAACAUGUGCAAAACGAGCCCCUGUUGUCAUGGUUGCACAAGGUGCUCAUAUGCUUUUAACUGGCCAUCCUAUAGGUUUAGCAUUUCUUGAUGUUACUUUGUCACCGACCUGCUAUUUCUUUUUCACGCGCACAUUCGAUUGCACAAAAGCCUUGCCCACUCAGGACAUUGACACACAGUUGAUGUAAAAUUCUAAUUCUAAUAAAAUUAAUUUACAAGCAUAAUAGAAAUAAUCUAUAUCAAGUAUAUAUGAAAUUAUUUUUAUUAACAUAUUUCUAUUUUAUUACUGUGCACGCUCUAUGGCUCCGUCCCACUGUGUCUCGGUAGAACACGCCCUGACAUGCUGAUCUGAAAUAUGUUUCUGCUACAGGUUUACCUAAAAACCUCUGUGUUCAUCUGAGGUAAUAGCAACGCUGCCAUCUCUGUAGUUUCGCAUCAAAUCUCAGCUGAGCUUUCGCAUGAAAGAAGCCAUAAAGUGAAGACAUUGAAGUUAGCAUGAAGAGAUGUUUCCUGUGUGCUUACAUGUAACCUGCAAACCUAACUAAUGAAAAUUCACAAUUUUAGAUGCCUCAUUCUCAAAAAAUGGUUUGUUCCUUUAAGUGGAUCUUUGUGUCAAGUUUUUUUUUCUCCUUUCUGCACAAAAAUAGCAGACAAAUAGGAAGUUGUGUGAUUUUUCUUCAUCUUUUUUAUUGUCAUUGUUUUCAAAAUUAUCUGUCUUGUUGUGUACACUUUCACACUGUAGGUGUCAGUGUGUGUGUGUGUGUGUGUGUGUGUGUGUGUGUGUGUGUGUGUGUGUGUGUGUGUGUGUGUGUGAGAGUGAGAGAGAGAGAGUGAGAGUGAGUGAGUGUAUGCGUUUGCGUGUGUGUAUGUUGGCAUGUUCAGCUCUGUUUUGUGUUUGUCUCAUGUUUGUGGUUUGGCUGUCGAGAAGAGCAAUUGACUUAACAAUAAAGUUUUGUUUUUUUAAUAA